AUGGUUGAACAAUUUAAGCACCAUUAUAACAUUGCUAGCAUUGGAGGUCUCUCUCUAAGCACUCCUGCAGGUGUGCGCACCCACGUUGCUGCUGUUGAACAAGCAGUUGUGCAAGAUGCUACAGAGCUGGAAGCUCCAGUUGUUGUUGUUACGGGUGCUUCCAGAGGGAUUGGAAAAGCCGUUGCAUUGGCUCUUGGAAAAGCUGGCUGCAAGGUGAGCUACUUCGCUGUCUUAGAUAUUCAUUCGGUCCUAGUGAAUUAUGCACGAUCCUCGAAAGAGGCUGAAGCAGUCUCCGAAGAGAUUGAAGCAUCUGGUGGUCAGGCUAUUACCUUUGGAGGAGAUGUUUCUAAAGAAGCUGAUGUGGAAUCUAUGAUGAAAGCAGCUAUUGAUAAAUGGGGAACAAUUGACAUCCUGGUAAAUAAUGCAGGGAUUACGAGGGAUACGUUGUUGAUGAGGAUGAAGAAAUCUCAGUGGCAAGAUGUAAUUGAUCUAAAUCUUACUGGUGUUUUCCUCUGUACACAGGCUGCCACAAAAGUAAUGAUGAAGAAGAAAAAGGGAAGAGUCAUCAACAUAGCAUCAGUUGUUGGUCUUACUGGCAAUGCUGGCCAAGCUAAUUACAGUGCUGCCAAGGCUGGAGUCAUUGGUUUCACUAAAACAGUUGCUAGGGAAUAUGCAAGCAGGAAUAUCAAUGUGAAUGCAAUCGCACCUGGAUUCAUAGCAUCAGACAUGACCGCGGAACUUGGAGAGGAGCUUGAGAAGAGAAUCUUGUCGACUAUUCCUUUGGUCAGCACUAAUGCCUCAUUCAACUUCUUCACAGGGAGGUAUGGCCAGCCAGAGGAAGUUGCUGGGUUGGUUGAGUUCUUGGCCCUGAAUCCCACGGCCAGCUACAUCACUGGACAGGUGCUUACCAUCGAUGGUGGGAUGGUGAGGUAUCCAGUGAAAUGCCCAUUCAGUGAAAACUUGAAAACUGUUGUUGUAGGCCAUCUGAUCGCGAUCAGAGGUCAAAUUUGUCAAAUUUGCCAACAACUGGCUUUAAGUUGUCACCGCAUUUGGGGAUACAUGGUGAACCCUGCAAAUUACAACACCCAUUAG